AUGGGGAGGAGGCCAUGCUGCGCCAAAGAAGGACUCAACCGCGGAGCAUGGACUGCCUUGGAAGAUAAAAUACUUGCUGCUUACAUUAGAGCCCAUGGAGAAGGCAAAUGGAGAAACCUCCCCAAGAGAGCUGGUCUGAAGAGAUGUGGUAAGAGCUGUAGACUUAGAUGGUUGAAUUAUUUAAGGCCGGAUAUUAAGAGAGGUAACAUAUCAAAUGAUGAAGAAGAACUCAUUGUCAGACUCCAUAAUCUUCUUGGCAACAGAUGGUCUCUAAUAGCUGGAAGGAUACCUGGGCGAACAGACAAUGAAAUCAAGAACUACUGGAACACCACCCUAGCAAAGAAAGCCAAGGCUCAAAAAAUUCACUCAUCUUCACCACCUGCCCAACAAAGUUCCCUGAGCAGAUCUCGAAACAAAAAGAUGACAGUUGAACCUAAGAAAGGUGAGCCGCUGGCACCGAAGCCUUCGCAGGCUGCAGCAACUCCGCCCCACGUAUUCCGAACCAAGGCCAUUAGAUGCACCAAGGUGCUGAUCCCGGCGCUGACAUCUCCAAACGAACAUCAUUCUUUCAACUCAUCAACCGCCAUAGACCCAGCGGAGCCUCAAGCGAUUCAAAGUGAUCAAGAUAAGGGUAAUUUAGAAGUUCACCGUGGAACUGAAGAGCUUCACGAGACUUGUGCUGGAGACUCCGAUUUCUUCAGUUUGAGCUGCAACGAGUUUCAAGCCUGCAGCCAUGAAUAUGCAGAGGGGGAGCAUAACUUCAACAACAGUACGUGUAUGGGUCCUGACCAGUCCCCAUAUUUUGACGAGGCAAUGUUCAAGGAUUGGACAUCAAAUUACUGUCUCGAGGAACGUGCCAAUUUGGAUCUAGAAUCUUUGGCAUUUUUGCUUGAUUCUCAGGAGUGGCCGUGACACACAAGGAAAAAAUAAUAUUAUCAAUAUUAUAAUUAAAGUAAUGCUAGGAACUUGUAGAAUUAAGAAGAUGGCGACAACUUGUACAUAUAAAUAAAUAACA